GAGAAGGCUAGACAGAGCAGGACACUGGGGGAGAGAAGGCUAGACAGAGCAGGACACUGGGGGAGAGAAGGCUAGACAGAGCAGGACACUGGGGGAGAGAAGGCUAGACAGAGCAGGACACUGGGGGACAUCCACUCUGACAACUGGUUGUAUGGACACCAAGGCGACUUGUUGCACAUCCACAGCAGCCAGGAGGAAGCAGGGCACCCAGGGCACCAGACCUUCUCCCCCGACAUGGAUCUGCGGGCAGAAUGAGUAGCUGAAGCCAGGAGGGAGAGAAGGAGGACGCGGGGAGCCCCCACCUGCACGCUGAAGACCCCUUUGUGCACAACCUCUAAGCCGCAGCCGGGUCUAACAUGGAGAGUAACGCAGGUGGUGUUAUUGCAUACAUCAGCUCCUCAAGCUCAGCCUCCAGCCCUUCCUCCUGCCACAGCGAGAGCUCCAAUGGUAGCUUCCAGUCCUCAUCCUCCUCUCUUCCAUCCUCUCCCAGCAGCUCUGCUUCUGAGGGCAGCAGCGGUGGGAGCAGCGGUGGGAGCAGCGGGAAUGCUACAAGCAGAAGUGACCUUCCAAGUGGGACCCUCACCACCAUAGAGGAAUCUCAGAAGAACCAACAGGUGGACACACUGUGCAUAAAAACAACCUAUACUAGUGCAGCAAUCCUAACCAAAGGCCAUGGUGGAGUCACCACUAAAUUCAAUGGAAUGAUUCUUCUGUGUAAAGUGUGUGGAGAUGUGGCGUCUGGAUUUCACUAUGGAGUCCAUGCUUGUGAGGGCUGUAAGGGUUUUUUUAGAAGAAGCAUUCAACAAAACAUCCAGUACAAAAAGUGCCUCAAGAAUGAGAGCUGUUCUAUCAUGAGGAUGAACCGAAAUCGAUGCCAGCAAUGUCGUUUCAAGAAGUGUCUGUCUGUCGGCAUGUCAAGAGAUGCUGUUCGUUUCGGGCGCAUUCCAAAACGUGAAAAGCAGAGAAUGCUGAUGGAGAUGCAGACUGCUAUGAAAACCAUGAUGAACAGCCAGUUUGUUAGCUCAGGACACCAAGAAGCACUGCCAGAUUACCAAGCUUCACCUUCACUUUUGCCACUUGUGCCCCCACCUGUUCAAGAAAAGUUGGACACUAGUGGUCACAAUUACUCAGAUAAAAGCCUCACUCUACCUGCAUCUUCUUCUCUUCCUCCGCCAUCAUUUGAUGUUAGCAAAGAAGAUGUUAUUGGUACAGUAACUAGGGCUCAUAGAGAAACUUUCAUGUAUAACCAGGAGUCUUCCAAAAUCAAAACCGAAGCAAACCACCAGAUAGAAGAAAGAAUGAAUAAUGUAAAAUACAUCAACAAAAGCAACAAUAUCUACUCCAAUAAUGGUCUCAGCACUGCUCACUGUCCCGCUAGUGGAAACCAGAAUUAUAUAAAUGAACAGCACAGAGAGAAGAACAUGGCGGGUUAUUCUAACAUCCAUGCUGUUUGUUACUCCAAUGACAAUAAUAUAAACAUUUCCAAUGGCUUCUCCCACAAAGAUUGCCGCAGAGGAGCCAUGCUUGAUGUACCACAGGCUGAACAUAUGAAUGGCUACUCAUGCAAGAGGGGAAGGAGAAUGCAUCUGGUUUGCCCUAUGAGCAUGUCUCCGUUCAUGGACCCAAAUAAAUCAGGACCUCAAAUCUGGGAAGAGUUCUCUGUGAGUUUUACCCCGGCUGUAAAAGAGGUUGUAGAAUUUGCCAAGCGCGUUCCAGGAUUUAAAGAUCUUUCCCAGUAUGAUCAGGUCAACCUGCUGAAGGCUGGAACUUUUGAGGUAUUGAUGGUACGGUUCGCAUCAUUAUUUGAUGCAAAGGAGCGUACUGUUACUUUUCUUAGCGGAAAGAAGUACAGUGUGGAUGAGCUGCGCUCUAUGGGAGCUGGGGAGCUGCUCAACUCUGUUUUUGAAUUCAGUGAGAAGCUUAGUGCUCUGCAGCUUAGUGAGGAGGAGAUGAGUUUGUUUACAGCAGUUGUCCUCGUCUCUGCUGAUCGCUCUGGUAUUGAAAAUGUAAACUCUGUUGAAGCAUUACAAGAAACACUGAUCCGUGCACUGAGGACUUUAAUCAUGAAAAACCAUCCCAACGAGGCCUCCACCUUUACUAGGCUCCUCCUGAAGUUAGCAGACCUGCGUUCUCUCAAUAACAUGCACUCAGAGGAGCUUUUGGCUUUCAAAAUUCACCCAUAGGCCUAUAAAUGACUAAUGUUCGACAUCUACUGUAUAAUGUGUGACAGAUUAGGAGUUCCUAAGGGUAUGUUUGGAACAAUACAUCUAUUACAAGUGCAAAAAUAGCCUAUAGAAGAGGAAGAGUCUUUUGUCAACUAAAAUAUAUGUGCAGCCCACUAGAAAUUAGUGAAAUGACUGAGGCUUUAGUCCCUAGAGGAUAUUUUUUUUUAUGAAUAUUGGUGCAGCCUACAAAUUGGCUACCUCUACACAACGGAGACAGCGUCUGCACUUUAUGCUUCAUUGCUUUAUAACAUACAGACUCCUCGAGCCUUAUUCUGCGUUGAGUAGGAGGUAUUUCGAAUUUGGAAUGGAUCUGUAAAAAAAAAAAACAUAACACAAAAAAAAUCGAAGAAAAAUGUCCGUCCGCCUAGAAGAGAGAGAAAUGUGCUUUAUGUGCUUUAUGUGUUUUAAACCAUUUAAAGAACCAAAUUUUGUUUCACCAAAUUUCUGCUGGCCGUGGUCAAGGCUAUAUUAGAUUUCUUUAUUUAUAUAGCUAAGUACACACCCAGCACGCUUGUCAGCUUUUAGGCGUCUGGAAAAUCCUAUAUCUUACAAAGUAUGUAUCUUAUCAUUCCUAAUGCUUUGCUGGUCAGUUAUGUGCCUCCACGAAGAUCUGGAUUGUUGUCUGUCACACAGAUUUUUAGCGCGCAUGAGUGGAUCCAUUUUCUGUAUUUAUGUGUUUUGAAGCUGUAAAUAGUCCUGGUCAGAGAGUUACAGAUGAAUAUAUGUCGGCUUCCUUGCAAUAUUUUAAACUGUGAAGGAAGCUGUUACAAAUCGUUAUUAUGUAUAAGAAUUUUAAAAAUAUGUAAAGAUAUCCAACUAUUGAAAAAAUGUAUGCUGCAGACAUUUGUUACAUGGAAACCUCCCAGUGCAACUGGGUCUUUUGCGGCCAAGCUGCAAACUCAGUGACUCGCUGUACAAAAGGACUUGUUGGGCAAGUAACAGCAAUGGUUAAAUCCAGGCAAAUCCAAGAACGUUGCCCACGGCUUGUGCAUAUAGGUGUUCGCGGGACACAGUUUCACCUCAGUCAGCAUCCAUGUAUAAUAUUGUAUUUGGGCAAUAUAUAAUGCCCCCUGAAGUGCUGAAUGCAAAUGAGCAGCACAAAGGGACACAAACAUGGUGGACCCUUCUGCCGUACUUCACAGAUUGUCACAAACAUGGCGGAAGCUCAUAUCGUACUUCACAGAUUGUUAUAAAUCCAAAUGAGGCCUCUGCUGCACUUUAUAGAUUGUCACAAACAGGGAGGAAGCUUCUGCCGUACUUUACCGAUUGUCACAAACAUGGAGGAAGCUCCUGCUGUACUUUACCGAUUGUCGCAAACAUGGAGGAAGCUCCUGCUGUACUUUACCGAUUGUCGCAAACAUGGAGGAAGCUCCUGCUGUACUUAACCGAUUGUCGCAGAGAUGGAGGAAGUUUCUGGCCUGCUUCACAGAUGAAUGAACCCUUUGUGGAUAUGUGUCUCCUUUGCAAAGAAAAAAAGAUACUUAUAGAUACUUGUGUGUUCAGCACAAUACAUGUGCAGCAUAAAAAGUAUGUAGAAAUGUAAUUUAUAAGUUCUUAGCACUGCGCUAGGUUUUCAGCUAGAGUAGAUAAGAUAUGCACUUUAUAUUAGGAGCGAACCAGUUUUCACAGUGCUUGUCUCAGUGACUAAGACCAUUUUUGCAGUAGUAAGGGAGACAUGUAAUAACUCAUCAGUUAUAAUAAGAUCCAACUUUUAGCAGCGGUGUAAAAAAAAAACAUUCAUACCCAUUUCUCCGAUGAGUCACAGGGUUUUUUUUUUUUUUUUACUAACAUCUUUUAUAUUUUCAUGUCCCACCAUUGGGCUAAUUAACUACCCAACACAGAGGGCUAAUCUUUCUCAGAGCUGCUGCAUUUGACCUUUAAGGUGAUCUCUGUAAAAGGAUACAUUUUUUUUUAAACUUUGGGUAACAUCCCUAAAUCCUAUAAAAUCUGAUGCAAAGCUGACUUAUAACUCUGCAUUUAUGAAAAAAAUGUUUGAUUGUGUCUCCCUAUUGGAUUCAUGUUUAACAGUAAAAAACACCCCUUCAGCCCUAAAGAAACUUUAGGACAACACAAAAAAUUGCAUCAUUUCCUAACUGCCAUCAUUUCAACCACAUCAGGGUUUCUGGUUUUUGUGUUAUGUAGGGUUGAACUGCAGCCUAGCAUGAGGCUUCUCGGUGCCACUCUACUUAUAUUAUGGAGUCCCUCUCUUCUACUGGAUUAUGUUUGAGACACAUUCCCCAGUGUAUGUCUUGUACAUAGUGCAGGUCAAGGUGGAGUGGGAUGCACGAGUGCCCUGACAUCAAGGAGACGUUAGAUGCCAUGCUAAGCCAUUCACUGGCAGAACAUCCCUAGAAAUCUAAGAACAGCAGGCAUUUUGGUGGUGGAUGUGCGCCAAAUAUACUGGGUAAAAUUGAGCAGUAGGUUUCCUUAAGAAACCACAAAACUUAAUAUUUUCACUGUGUUGCACCAAAAAGGGCAUGAUUAAGGUUUUCUUUUGUUGUUAUGUUUUGCUAAUAUAUAUAUUAAUGUGGUAAAAAGAAGAAAUGUGUGAUCAGUAAUCCUUUAACCUCUUGAUUGAACUCUUGUUAUUAAUGUUUUUAUUUAUGUAUUGCAUUUUAUGUGAUUCUUUUAUUUCAUGUGCCAUACACAUUUUGUUCUGUGUUUCUUAAUUUAGAAACAAUUUAUGGCCCAUUACAUAUAACUUAGAAUCGUACCGAUCUCUUAUAUUCUGAUGCUCCGUACCUGCACACAUCUUGAAGCAGGUUUGUGUUGUGAUCACUCACACAUGUUGCAGGCAACCAUUCUGUCCAGUAAAAUGCAGUGCUUACAGAUAACCACAGUAUCAGUCAUUGAUAUGCCUGCCAUUGAAUUGAUUGGCUGAAGCCAAAUGGUAGGCUCAAUUUAAACCGAAUGGCUGCCAUCAGAGAUCUGAAUGCACUUAGUUAUGAGAGUUUGACAGCUAUAAAAUAUUAAAUCUAUAUUCUUUGAAAUAUUUCAGUAUCCCACAAUUAAUUCAGGUGUACUAUUUUCAUGACAAGCUUCUGUAGGUUUUCCUUUAUUAGCCUGUUGACAAGUUUAAAGGGGUGUUCCAGGCAGAGAAAACUCUUCCCUGUUAAAUAUAUAUAUACAGUAUAUAUAUAUAUAUAUAACUGAAGCACUUACUAAUGUACUUGUUGUUUGGCAACUGAGCUUUUCUUCGAGAUUUUAUUUCCCCCUUCCCCAGGCAGAAAGUUUGUUAGCUUUUGAUUUCACACUAACUGUUGUCUCAGCCUCCCUGUGUUGAGAGGAGACGAUACCUCGUUGCACUUCCCCCAGCCUCUUCCCUUCUGGUUCAUGUCAGAGUUGAACU